AUGGUUAAAGCAGCACAACAUCUACAAUAUGUUAGCAAUGGAGAAGGGCAAGGACAGCAUCAAACUUAUUUUGAUCCAAGUGCUCCUCCACCCUUUAAGAUUGCCGAAAUUAGAGCAGCAAUUCCCAACCAUUGUUGGGUCAAGAAUCCAUGGAGGUCUCUGAGUUAUGUUCUAAGGGAUGUUUUAGUAGUCACUGCAUUGCUAGCUGCAGCAAUUGGCUUCAAUAACUGGUUCUUCUGGCCUCUCUAUUGGGUUGCUCAAGGAACAAUGUUUUGGGCUUUAUUUGUUCUUGGACAUGAUUGUGGGCAUGGAAGUUUUUCAAACAGUCCCAGGUUGAAUAGCGUAGUGGGCCACAUCUUGCACUCAUCAAUUCUUGUACCAUACCAUGGAUGGAGAAUUAGCCAUAGAACUCACCAUCAAAACCAUGGACAUGUUGAGAAGGAUGAAUCAUGGGUUCCGCUGACAGAGAAGGUUUACAAGAGUCUAGACAACAUGACAAGAACCAUGAGAUUCACUUUUCCUUUCCCCAUCUUUGCAUAUCCCUUUUAUUUGUGGAGCAGAAGCCCCGGAAAGGAAGGCUCUCACUUCAACCCCUAUAGCAACUUGUUUUCCCCUAGUGAAAGAAAAGAUGUGCUAACUUCAACACUCUGUUGGGUCAUCAUGCUUUCUGUGCUUCUCUCCCUGUCCUUCAUAAUGGGACCAUUUUUUAUGUUUAAGCUCUAUGGAGUUCCCUAUUUGAUCUUCAUCAUGUGGCUAGACUUGGUCACAUACUUGCAUCAUCAUGGUUACAAGCAGAAACUACCUUGGUACCGUGGCAAGGAAUGGACUUAUCUAAGGGGUGGUCUUACAACUGUGGAUCGUGACUAUGGUUGGAUUAACAACAUUCACCAUGACAUUGGCACUCAUGUUAUCCAUCAUCUUUUUCCUCAAAUCCCACAUUAUCAUUUGCUUGAAGCGACGAAAGCUGCAAAACCAGUGCUAGGAAAGUAUUAUCGUGAGCCAGAGAAAUCAGGGGCAGUGCCACUCCAUCUAAUAAAGUACUUGCUACACAGCAUAAGUCAGGACCACUUUGUGAGUAACUAUGGUGACAUUGUGUACUACCAAACUGAUCCUCGCCUGCAGAGAAAUUCUUGGACCACGUCUAAGUAA